CGGCGUUGCCUUCCUGUCGAUGUUGACAUUCCCUAUGCAAAAGGCCCCUCCACGAGGGUUCACAAUCAAGACUGCCCACAGUGAGGUGGUGUUCUUUCAGCCAAGCAGGUCAGCCAGGCUGCGGGAAAAGUCAAUUAUGGUCAUAGGACAGCAAGACGAGUUUAUUAAGAUAAUGCCAAUACGCGGCGAAAAAUAUGGCAAAAGGUUCUUCAAGACCGACAUUGUUUGGUUCAACGCGAUUGGAUUUUUUCUGCUCCACGCCCUAGCCCUCUACGGCAGUUACUUAUUUUUGCUGUUUCGGAUUAAUUGGCAAACAUGGCUGUUCUCUGUUUUUCUGGGCAUGUGUUCGUCGCAAGGUAUUCUUGCAGGUGCGCAUCGGUACUACGCACACAGAUCAUAUAAGGCUAAUCUACCAUUGAGAAUGCUAAUAGUAUUGUUUCAUACCGUCGCAACUCAGAACUGCAUGUGGGUGUGGGUGCGAGACCAUCGCCAGCAUCACAAGUUCUCAGACACAGACGCUGAUCCUCACAAUGCUUCGAGAGGAUUCUUCUUUUCUCACGUGGGGUGGCUCAUGAUGAAAAAGCAUCCUGAUGUCAUCGAAAAGGGUAAAACUAUCGACAUGUCUGACCUAGACAGCGAUCCUCUUAUUAUGUUUCAAAAAAAAUAUUAUUUCCCUCUUUUCUUCAUAUUUUCCCUCGCAAUACCGACUUUUGUCCCGGCGUACUUCUGGGGGGAAACGGUGUUAAACGCUUUUAUGGUCCCUUUCCUUCUACGCACCGUGGUGGUGCUGAACUUUACAUGGAUGGUAAACAGCUGGGCUCACGCCUUCGGGAACAAGCCGUAUGACAGGAACAUCCGCCCCGUGGAGACCAUGGUCGUGUCCAUCGUGGCGUUUGGCGAGGGAUGGCACAACUAUCACCACACCUUUCCGUGGGACUACAAGGCCUCAGAGUUCGGAGUGCGUUACAACCCUACAACAGCGUUCAUCAACUUCCUGGCAAAGAUUGGCUGGGCGUACGACCUAAAACAGGCGUCACCUUCUCUUGUCCGGGCGAGAGCUCUGCGAUCAGGCGACGGCACACACGGUGACAUAGUGAAAGCCAAUAACGAUUGUGAUACAAUUACCGAAUCAAUUAUCAGUAGCAUCAAAGAGCCUCUGUCAAAAGAUAACUGUUGCAUGACUGAAUAAAAGGAAGAGCCGAUAAA